AUGCAGCGCUGGAAGGCGGCGGCCCUGGCCUCGGUGCUCUGCAGCUCCGUGCUCUCCAUCUGGAUGUGUCGGGAGGGCCUGCUCCUCGGCCACCGCCUCGGACCUGCACUGGCCCCGUUGCGCCGGCCGCCUCGCACCCUGGACGCCCGCAUUGCCCGUCUGGCCCAGUACCGUGCGCUGCUGCAGGGCGCCCCGGACGCGGUGGAGCUUCGAGAACUGACGCCCUGGGCCGGGCGGUCCCCUGGUCCGCGCCGUCGGGCGGGGCCCCGGCGGCGGCGCGCGCGUGCGCGGUCGGGGACACGGCCUUGCGGGCUGCGCGAGCUCGAGGUGCGCGUGAACGAGCUGGGCCUGGGCUACGCCUCGGAAGAGACGGUGCUGUUCCGCUACUGCGCAGGCGCGUGCGAGGCGGCCGCGCGCGUCUACGACCUGGGGCUGCGACGCCUGCGCCAGCGGCGGCGAGUGCGGCGAGAGCGGGUCCGCGCUCAGCCCUGCUGCCGCCCGACGGCCUACGAGGACGAGGUGUCCUUUCUGGACACGCACAGUCGCUACCACACGGUCCACGAGCUGUCGGCGCGCGAGUGCGCCUGCGUGUGA